AUGGAUGAAGAAAUUCUGUCAAACGUGAAGGCCCCAACUACUGCAUUCUUUCUAAUGGGUGUGUCGGCCUCGGGCAAAUCAAGCAUUGGCAAAAUACUCUCUGAAAAACUCGCUCUUUCUUUCAUAGACGGAGAUGACUUGCAUCCGCAAUCAAACAUACAGAAAAUGUCAUCGGGCAUCCCACUUAAAGAUGCCGAUAGAUUGCCAUGGCUUGAAGCGGUUCGACAACAGACUCUCACGAAUAUGAAUGACGGAGAGCAUACUUUCGUCGCAUGUUCCGCAUUAAAAAAGAAAUAUCGUGAUUUUCUCAGAGAUAUGCCUGAUACGAAUGUGUGGUUCAUCUACUUGAAGGGUAAUAUGAAAGUGUUAAAGGCAAGAAUGGACAAACGGAAAGGACAUUUCAUGAAACCGAGUAUGCUAAAGUCUCAAUUCGAGGCCCUAGAAGAACCCAAUAGGGAAGAAGACAGAAUAAUCGUAGUCAACGUUGAUGAUAGGACAAUCGAUGAGACUGUCAAUCAUAUUGCCAAUAUUCUUCACCCAAUAAUCGGAUAUGCGAGAAUGCAACGCUUCCGCGUCACCGUACAGCGCGAGACUAUCGAAGCCAUACGCACUCUCCAAUAUAGCACCGACACUGGUAAACUUGUCCAGCUAGACGAGUCCAAACUUGCUGCCGAAAUUGAAAAAGCGGCACUCUAUCAGGAUGCAUCCAUUAUCACUCGAGAAGUGAUACUCGAAAAGCAAGACACUCCAGUAGUAACAGUAGUCAAUGGAGACUGUUUGGUGGAAGCAUUAGAGUUGAAGAAGAAAGGGUUUAAUCCAAUUGUGCUAAAUAUGGCCUGUCCCACGGUUCCUGGUGGUGGCUAUGGCCAUGGCGCUGGAGCGCAGGAAGAGAAUUUGUUUAGAAGAACUAACCUAUUUCGGUAUCAUGAACCAAAGAGAAAGGAAUGGUACCCUCUCCCUCAAACGGGUGGCAUAUAUUGUCCAAACGCAAUAGUAAUACGCAAUAGCGAACAACUAGCGUACGGCUGGUUAGAAGAACCAGAAACUAUGUCAUUUGUGGCUGUCGCUGCCGUGAGACGACCCAAAAUUAUUCGUGGUAGAUUUGGAGAACCGACUUUGACGGAUCAGAAUAAAGCCUUGACACGCGACAAGAUCAAAGCUAUAUUAAAUAUAGGAUUAGACAAUGGCCACGAUGCGAUAGUCCUCAGUGCGUUCGGUUGCGGAGCAUUUUGUAACCCGCCAACGACGGUAGCUCAACUAUUCUGGGAAGUAAUUUCGAGCAAAUAUGCUGGUGGUGAGGAACAACCAAAGACCUAUCGUCACAUAGUUUUCGCUAUAUUUGAUGACCACAAUGCUAAUCGUCGACAUAAUGACGAGGGCAAUCUGUUGCCAUUCCAAAGACGUUUUGCAGAGGGGUUGGGUGGCCCCGAUCGUAUAGUUGUCCAUCGUGAAGAAAAAGAAGAUCAGGGACGUAAUCACAAGGAGACGAAUCAGCGUGGGGAAAAAAAUAAUGGGAAACGUAAUAGUAAUAGUUUUUUUUCACGGCGACCGUCUAAAUAA